UGUAACAAUUAUCGUCACAGCUUAAUCCAUCCAUACUAUUUACACAAAUUUAAUUUCAAGCCAUUGUCCUUAAUGAUUAAUUCAAUGUGACGACAUCAAAAGUUACCUAUAAAUCUAUUUGUGGAAAACAAGAUUCUUCAGUAGCAAAAUACAGAACACAAUGAUAAGACACAGACAUAAGGGGGGAAACAUUUCUUACUUUGCAACAAUUUUGAUUUUCGUAAUUGGAUUAAAAUAUAUCGAUGCCGUAACUGUGCAUGGAGUGACACCAAAUAAAGGAGGUCUAAAUGGAGAAACGAGACUAACGAUAGAUGGAAAAGGGUUUUCAGAGGACCAGUACAACGAAGGGAAUGAAAUAAAGCUGGUCUCAUCAACUGCAGUUUAUGAUUGUCCUGUCCACAAAGAUGGUUCAACAGAAGUACAAAUCAUGUGCUAUACUCCUCAGCGUAUGGUGGCAGAUGAUUACUAUAUUAGAGUAUCAGUUGAUGGAAAAGAUGUUCCGUUGAGUGAUCACUGCAAUGGUAAUGCUAACAGUGGAGAUUGUAGAUUUACUGCUACACAGAGCGUUACACCAACGAUUACACAAGUUGAGCCUAUCUCCCAGGCAUCUCUGCCAGGUGUAAUCAUAAAAUUAUAUGGUAAAAUUUAUUCUGGUGUGUAUGGAAGCAAUGUACCAUCUGAUGAAAUCACAAAUGGUGUUACAGAAAGAAUUUUGAGAGUAUAUGCCCAUGCACAGUUGUGUGAAUUACGUGGAGAGAAUGAUACAUUUCAUGGUUUAGAACUGGACAAUGAUGGAAGUAGUACUAAUGGCUAUAUGAAAUGUUUAACAAAGGGAACUUUUGUUGGAAACACCAAUGCCAGUUUUAUUUUAGAAGGACAAUAUGGAAGGUCCAUGUCUGAUGCUGAUUUGUUACGAGUUUCUAGAAAUGAUGAUAUCUACAUGUUCCAGACAUAUGCCAAAGUGACAGGUGUAAAUCCAUCUACCGGCAGCAUUAAAGGUGGAACUUUGAUUACUGUUUCUGGGGAGUACUUUGAUGAAACAAACUCUGCAGUCAGAGUGCUGGUAGGAGGCACUGAAUGUGAAGUAACAGAUGAAGUAACAGACAGUCAAAUUAUUUGUAGGACUGGUGCUCAGUUGUCUGCCCCUAGAUAUGCAGGUAACAGAGGAUUAAAUUUUGAACAGUUCAGUAGUACAUACCACAGCUUCUCAGAUUUACCAAAUGUGGCCGACUUAUUGACCAAUGCUACAGAUUAUUCAUCAUCGGUCAUUGAUGAGUUUUACUUUGACGAAAAUGAUUUAGAUGAAUAUUCAACAAGGACACAUGGUUAUUUUAUUCCUCCACACACUGGUCAAUACACAUUACACAUUAAAUGUGAUGAUUCAGCCAUUUUGUAUCUGAGUACAGAUGAAGAUCCUGCUAAUAAGGUACAAGAAGCAUCCUGUCCAAAGUAUUCAUCAAAAUGGACAUCUAAUUCAGAACAAACAUCCAGAAGAAUGCAGCUAGUCAAGGAUAAAUAUUACUACAUAGAAGUACUACAUUCAGAGAAUACUGUUGGUUCAAAUGUAAGAGUUGCAGCUCGCCAUUUAGAUACCAAGUUUGUAAGCUCUAUGACAGGAUUUGCCAAAGAAGAAAUACAGAAAAUAAAAGUUACUUCUACAGUUGAAAGAGAAAUUCAACAAGUUACAGUUAGCGAUUUAACUGCUGGCUCAGCCACCAAUGAGGUACAGGAAGUCACCAUUGAAGAAAAUUCUGGAUCUUUAAGUGAUGCCACCUAUCAACUUUGUAUCUAUGGUGUCUGUACAAAAAUGCUACAGACAAUUACAGAUGGUGCUGACAUUGGAAAUGCAGUGAGUGAGCUCCCUUGUUUUGAUAGUACUGAGUCUGUAUCUGUGACAUCUACAACCUUAUCAUCAGGUGCCCCAGGAGCAAAGCUGACGGUGACAUUCAAUUCUGAAAGAGGAGAUUUUCCCGAUAUGACUGCGAGGACAACACCAGGUAUUGGAGGGGAAACAUUGACAGUAAGAGUAUCAGAAAAAACAUCCGGUGUACCAAGUGGGAAGUACUUCACAUUAACCAUGGAAUCUGUUCCUACUCCUCUCAUAGCAGCAGAUGCUUCAGCUGGUGAUGUUAAAACAGCUUUGGAAGAAUUGUUUGGUACCAGAUGUCCUUCUUUCCUAACUAGCCCAGCAGCUAAGAAAAAGUUUAUCAACUACGAGUCUGGCUUACCUAGUGGUGUAAGAGGAACAAAGACCAAUGAAGUAGAACCUUUCUGUGGGAGAUAUGUGGUCAAAAACCCAAAUUAUUUAUACAAUGGUGGAGAUUUGAAAUUGUCAAGCAGUGUUACCACGCUAUGUUUUGCCUACCAGAGCAAUCAAAUACAGAAUUAUGUCAGAGUGUCUUACACUUAUGAGGAUGAUGCUGAAGAAUUACAUAAUUCUGCUAUUAAUAUUGAUGUCACAAUGUCUACAACUGAAGGGUGGCAUUACACAUGUAUUGAUAUGCUGAGUGAAUUAAAGUCAGCCCGUCCUACAAUUGCUUAUUUCUGGGUCAGAAAGGUUCAAGUGUACAAACUUGGGUCUGCAAAGCAGUUUUACAUUGAUGAUGUUUACAUUGGCCGUGAAGCAGUCCUGACAAAUGAAACUGAUGUUAAUUUCUUUCGUAUGACACCUGCCAAACCAAACUCAGCUUUUAUUGAGUCAGUAUCGGUGGCUUCACCAAGUGCAGGAGUCUACGAUAUAACACUGGUACCACAUGACUGUGGGAGUGACUUCCCUUUAUUUAAGAAGAUUGGGGGCCAGGUUAGACCUGGAGGAUCAAUCUCUGUAACCAGGACUCAGCCAGCUUCACCACCCAUUACUGGAUCAUUUAGUGUUACUUUUAAUAGUAAAACAAAAGCUGGAAUUUCAUAUGAUAUGGAUGAGACAGAAUUAACCACUAUGCUUGAGACAAUAGAAGGUAUUGGUAAUGUCAAGGUCACAAGGACAGGAGUAUGUUCUAACUUUGAUAUAACCAUUGCUUAUGAAUCUUUACCAGGAGAUCAGGCAGAGAUCAUAGUUGAUGCCAGUACAUUGUUUGGUAAAGAUGUAGCAGCAGCAGUAACAACCAUACAAGAGGGUGGACUUUGGUAUGAUCCAAUUCCAGGGGAUAUGUUACGUACUGACCAUGCACUACCACAGGUUAUGGUAUAUGUUAAUGGUAUUCCAACUAUUUGUGAAGGAGACUGCACAUUUGAGUGGAGUUUAAGUAGUUCACCUACUGUAACAGCCGUCAGUCCAACAUCAGGUGGCCCAGGAAUACCUGUGGUAGUCACUGGUACAAAUUUUGGGGCUGUCUUGGUUAAUAAUGAGGUAGAAAUUGGUGGGAUCAUGUGUACUGUUACUUCUGGUGGAACUACUAGUUUAACAUGUACUUCUGGUCAGGGUUCAUAUGGUACAUACUUGGUAGAUGUCUAUGUUGAUGGAAAAGGAAAAGCAACUCAUGAUGCAGGAAAUGUGACUUUCCAAAAUACAAUGGCCAUCAGUGGAAUUAGUCCAUCUACUGGAACUCUUGGAGGUGGAAUACCACUUACAAUAACCGGUAAUGGAUUUAGUUCUUCUGCUGUGGUAUCUGUUGGAGGAAUUGACUGUGAGAUACUAAGUACUACAACCACAGUAGUUAUUUGUAAUCUCCCUGCAGCGACUGCUGGAUCUGUUGAUGUUGUUAUUAAUUUAGAUGGCCACACACAGACAUCACCCAAUCAGUUUACAUAUGAUUCAUCAAGUACACCAACUAUAACUAGUGUGUCACCAACAUCCAUCGGAGCUGCUGGUGGUGCUACCCUUACAAUAGAUGGUACAAACUUUGGAACUUCUGGAACUUUGAAGAUUGGAACAACAACAGUGACAACAGAAACAUUUACCAACACUCAAGUGACAGCUACCCUCCCAUCCCUGACCCCAGGGAUAUAUGAUGUCUUGUUACUGAAGGGGAGUGGGGGAGCUGCUGUAGACAGCUCUGGAAACAUUCCUAAGAUAGAAUAUAAAUUGGUAAUCAAAAAUAUAUUCCCAACUGAAGGGUCUCUUCAUGGAGGUACCAGAUUAACAUUAACUGGACAAGGAUUCAGUACAAACAUGUCCGUGACUGAAGUGAAAGUUGGAGAUUAUGGAUGUGGUAUUGAAUCAGCUACUAGCACUCAAAUAGUCUGUCUGAUUCCAGACACCUCAGCAGUUAUCAAAAUAAAUAACCAAGGCGUUCACCCAACCUGGGGUAUUGGUUACCAGUGGAAUCCUGUAGUAGCUUUAGCUAAAGUAGGUGAUAUUGUUGAGUGGUCAUGGACUACCCCAUCUUGGAUCUAUACUUUUACUCAUCGUAUAGAACAAACAAAGAAUGAGACAGCUACAGAACCUGCAGUUGAUGGCUUUGUCAGCGGGCAAGUCGGAACAGCAAAUGGUGGGUUUCAGUACCGAGUAACCACACCAGGACAAUUUAGUUACUGGAGUGGCUAUACAGAUUUAUAUGAAAUUAUUUUCUAUAGAGGAACAUUGGUAGCAGAAGAUAAAACACCAUUUAGUGGUUUGGUAGAACUGAAAGUAGCAGGACAAAUGGCUCUUCAUGAUGUUAACUCAGGUACAUCUGAUCCAGUGGAUGGUUCUGCCUGUCCAGAAACAACCAGUCCUAUUUCUAACUGUGCUGGUUCACCACCGGUAUCCUCACCACCAGACAUGUUUUCAUUUUCCUUCAAGACUUGUACCACCCCAGGUGUAACUGCCAUUGACAAGAAUCGUGGUACAACAAGCGACGUUAUCUCAAUAACAGGAUAUGGAUUUUCAAGUACCAGUUGUAAUAAUGAAGUGACAUUCGGCGAUGCCACUUGCACAGUAACUCAUUCUGCAGAUACAUGGUUAGAAUGUAAAAUAGAUCCAACUUCUUCUCCAACAGUUGGUUUAAUGCAAGAAGUCAAUGUCAGGGUCAAUAAUUUGGGUGAUGCCAUUAUUGCUAUAGCUGGUCAGUCAGCAAAGACCUUUGUCAUCGAGCCAUUGGUCACAGAAAUCAGCCCUUUGUCUUCUUCUGUGAAUGGAGGACUAACUCUAACAAUAUCAGGAACAGGAUACCAAGGAAAUGAGACUGACAUAUUGGUUUCCAUCAAUGGAAUUGAUUGUCCUGUACAGACUGUAUCUUACACAGAGAUCACAUGUAUUACACCACCUUCUGGAGGAGGGAUAAAAACUGUAGAGGUCAAGGUCAAUGCAUACGGUAAUCUUAUUCCAGCUGUAUGUGACAUUUUAUGUCAGUUAACCUAUGAACCUGCUGAUACUCCUGAGAUUUCAGCAGUUGACCCUACGACAUUGAGUGGAGCUUCAACAACUGUUACUAUAAGUGGAUCAGGAUUUUCCGAUCAGACAGUAAACACUGAGGUCAAAAUAGGUGGUGAAGUUUGUACUGCAUCAUCUGUAACUGACACUGAAAUACAAUGUACCAUAACAAAUGUUCCUGCUGGUACCCAGGACCUUGAUCUUGUAAUCACAGACAAAGGAAGAGCAACUAACAGUAUACAGAUAACCAGUUCAGCAGUUAUUUCAAGUUUAUCUCCUUCUCAGGGAAGUACAAAUGGUGGAACAGAAUUAAUAAUUGAUGGAAAUGGUUUUGUCGAUGGCUCAACAUCUGUAACAGUAGAUGGCACUGCAUGUGACCUUGUAGAGGUUGCUUUAUCAUAUGUCAAAUGUAAAACUGAAAGUCAUGCAACUGGAAGUGUAGAUGUAGUUGUUACCUCAAAUGGGCAAACUUAUGGAAAUGAAAGUUUUGAAUAUUCCUCCAGUGCAACACCAACAAUCUCUUCAGUGAGUCCAUUACAGGGAUCUCAAGGAACAACUAUCACCAUAACUGGUACUAACUUUGGUGCUACCAGUGGUGACAACACUGUAACUACAGGUGGAGUACCUUGUACUGUUACCUCAGAUGGAGCAACAGAGAUACAGUGCACAGCUGGUGCUGUAUCUAUUGGUUCAGUACCAGUUCUUGUUGAUGUUAGAAACAGUGGAUUGUCCAAUAACAAUGUCAAUUUUGAUUUUGAACUGACAAUCACUGCUAUUAGUAAAAAUUCAGGAAGUUCAUCAGGCGGACAAACUGCUACUAUUACUGGAUCAGGAUUUGAUGAUACAACCAGUGCAACUAUCUGUGGAAAUUCCUGUGUCAAAGAUGACUCUGCCAGUCAGACAGCUUCCCAAUUUAUAUGUGUCACACCCGCAGCCUCUGGUACAGUGACAGGAACUCAAGCAUGUGAUGUAGUAGCUACUGUCGAUGGAGUAUCAAAGACUCUAGCAGGAGGUUACACAUACGAUCAAAGUCUCACCCCUACCAUUACAAAUGUAAACCCUGCCCGUGGGGGAACUGGAGGAGGAUCAACUCUUACCAUUACUGGGACUGGCUUUGGAAAUGAUCCAGCACAAGUAGAUGUGACUAUUGCUGGUACUACAUGUACAGUCUCUACUGCUACCGACACCCAGAUUAUUUGUUCAACAGGACAACACACACCUUCACAGAAAACUUCUGUCACGGUAGAAAUUAAUGGCAAUGGAAUAGCAGAUCAGACUGAUGCAGAAUUUUACUAUGUAGAUGUAUGGUCCUCGCCAUUUACCUGGGGUGGUGGAAGUCCACCUGAGAAUGGAACAUUGGUUGUUAUUCCAGCCGGAAAUGUCAUCCUUCUAGACAUAAACACAAAUCGACUCAAAAUGAUUCUUAUCAAGGGUGGAGAGCUGAUAUUUGAUGAAAAGGAUGUAGAAUUGUUCGCAGAUAACAUUUUAAUUGUAGAAGGGGGAAAAUUACAGAUUGGUACAGAGGAUCAGCCAUUCCAACAUAAAGCUAUUAUUACUGGUACAGCACAUCUACGUACUAAAGAAUUACCUAUAUAUGGUACAAACUCUCUUGGUGUUAGAGAAGGUAUCCUUGACCUUCAUGGUCAGCCUGUACCAGUUGUAUGGACAAGACUUGAUCAGACUGCUGCAGCAGGUAGCAACCAGAUUGUAUUACAAAAGGAGGUCACAUGGAAAGCUGGUGAAGAAAUUGUAAUAGCUGCGACUGGGCAUCAUCAUACGCAGAGAGAAAAUGAAAUUCGUAUCAUUCAGUCAGUGGCUGGAGACCAAAAAACUAUUACAUUGACAAAGAAUCUAGAUUAUACACAUCUUGGAACUUCAGAAACUAUCAGUGGAUACAAUCUAGAAUACAGAGCUGAAGUAGGAUUAUUGACACGUAAUAUUGUAUUACGGGGAGAAAGAGAUCGGCAGUGGACGGAAGUUAUUGCUGCAUGUCCUGCUGGUUUUAAUACAGGUGAAUUUGCAACACAGACAUGUUUUCAGGGUCGGUUUGGUGAAGAGAUUGGUAGUGAUCAAUUUGGUAUACAAGUCAUGCUACAUCCUCCGGAACCAAACAAACACUUAGCCAUUGGUCGAGUGUCCUAUGUUGAAUUCACAUAUGCUGGCCAGGCCUUCCGACUAGGAAGAUAUCCAUUCCAUUUCCACUUAGGAGGAGACAUGUCUUCAUCCUACAUCAAAGGAUGCGCUCUCCAUGAGACAUUCAACCGUGCUGUCAAUAUACACGGAACACACAACGCAUUGAUUGAAAAUAAUGUUAUCUACAAUGUAAUGGGAGGAGCUUUCUUUUUAGAAGAUGGUAUUGAAACUAACAACACUAUUCAGUAUAAUUUAGCUGUGUUUGUACGUGAGAGUACCAGUUUGUUGAAUGAUGAUGUAACACCAGCCUCAUUCUGGGUGACCAAUCCAAAUAAUAUAAUUCAGCAUAAUAGUGCAGCUGGAGGCAGUCAUUUUGGCUUUUGGUACAGAAUGCAUCCUCAUCCCGAAGGACCUUCUCGUACAAACAGUAUUUGCCCACAAAAAGAAGUGAUGGGAGUUUUCACCAAUAAUACAGCUCACUCUUUUGGAUGGUUUGGUCUGUGGAUAUUUGAAACCUUUUUACCCAAAGAGGGUGGAGGUUGUGGUUCAAAUACUCCAACCCCAGCUGUAUUCAACACCUUUUAUGCCUGGAAUAAUGACAAGGGAGCAGAGUCUGUAAAUACAGGAGCUGUUCAGUUUCACGAUUUUAUCCUCGUUAAUAACAAAAAAGCUGGAUAUGAACAGAAGAAAAGUUUAGAGGGAGAGUUUUAUACACAAAAUGGUCCAUUGUUUAAGGAUGGAUUCAUUGUUGGUAGAUCACCAGCACUGUCAAACAGUGUUCAAGGCUGUACUAAUGCUGGUAUUAUUAUGCCUUAUUUGUACAGAUUUAUGGUUGAUGGCACAGAAUUUGCUAAUUUUAAUGAGGGAGGUUGUAGUUGCAUUGCUUGGACAUCAAUUACUGGAACAAGUGGACCAGAAAAUGGAGGAUUUGAGUACCAUACACAGAAUUUAAUAUUUACAAAUGUUGGAGCAAAUAAUAGAGGACACUUUAGAUGGAAGUUUGAAGCUCUCAUUAUUGAUCGUGAUGGUACUCUGAGUGGAACACCAAAUGGAACAAUUGUCCCAACUGCGGAUAUUAAUCCACCUUCAUGUUCCCAUUUAGAAUCAUUUUCUCAUGGUGUUCCAGCUAGUGUCUGUCCACCAGGUGUCAAAUUUAUACGAUUUUCUAAUAAUAAUAUCAAGCCAACAUCCAUUGACUACAAAGCAAUGAGGAUGAACAAUACCUAUGGAGCUGAGCUUUCUAGCUGGCAGAAGAAGCGUAUGACUCAUCCUAAAGGCUGGAUGAUUUUACUUCCUGCAGGUGAAACAUAUGUUUUGAACUUUGAGAAUGCUGAACAUAUGACUAAUAUGAGUUUUUCUGGAGCAUUGUCUUUAUUUGGUGAUGAUGACUUCUUGAUAUUCAGUAUGAAAACUGUACAACAUCCUGACUGUGUCUUACUUUCUAGUGGAGUUUGUGUCAAUGAAACUCUUACACCACUAGAUGGAGCUGUAGACUACCAUGGCGAUUGGUCAUAUGAUUCUUCAACACAAAGGAUCAGCUAUAUAAUUUCAAUGAGAGACAGGCCAGUUUCUGGUAGAAGGAAGAAAAGGUCAACAUUUUCUGGAACAACAUCAAUUAAUCUGAACUUCAAGUCAUACAAAUGUUUUUAUGAGAACUGUGUUGUACCACCAGAUCCAAGCACUCUGCCACCCCCGAAUACUAGACCUGAUGAUUUUACUGUAUGGUCCAAUGCUAGUACUUGGCUUAAUAAUACAUUACCUGUAGCAGGUGAUAGUGUUACUAUUGAAGAAGGUGAAUGGCGUUUUGGAGAUACAGAUAUACCCCCUCUAGCAGAACUUAUAAUAUAUGGAGUACUAGAACUCGACCAUGGCGAUGCCUUAUCAGGAUACAGAGAUUUUACCAUCCAGACAUCAUACAUUGUUAUUCUUGGUGGUAGAUUAAUCGUAGGUUGGGAAGAUAAACCUUUCUUGGGAAACGUCCACAUUUUACUGCAAGGACAUUGGUUUACACAGGAAUAUUUCAUUCCUUCUGAUGAUGUUACUAUUGGGUCAAAGGUCAUUGGUGUUUAUGGAGGAUUAGAUCUACAUGGUAAAGAAGUAGCUAUGCCCUGGACAACACUUAAUACUACUGCACAAGCAGGGGAGACAACUAUAACAGUAAACAAAGCACUGGAUUGGGAAGUUGGUCAAGAAAUUGUUGUUGCACCUACUGGAUACAAUGCUUGGGAAACAGAAACCUUUAAAAUCACUGCUCUAGCUGCUUCUGCUGAUAAUACAACAAUAAUUACAUUGAAUGAUACACUCAAGUUUAAACAUUUAGGAUAUUCUGACAGUUCUGUAACCAUUGCUGCAGAAGUUGGUUUAUUAACCAGAAAUAUCAAAAUAGAAGGUGAAGAUUAUGACAAACUCUAUAAACAAUCUUUUGGUGGCCGUGUCUUGGUUGGAGAAAGUUCUUAUGGCAGAGGUUAUGCCAGAAUUUCCAACGUAGAAUUUUACCACAUGGGCCAAGAAGGAUACAUCGAUUCAUAUGAUCCACGUUAUGCUGUAGCUUUUAUGGAUUCAGGACCAGUGACCAAUCUUAAACCAUCUUAUAUUAGAAAUAAUGCAUUCCACCAUGGUUUCUCUCCAGCCAUUGGAGUAUACAAUGCACAGAACAUGCCUAUAGAAGAUAAUGUGGUUCACCAUUGUGUUUAUUUCUCAAUCCAAACAAAUUCUGAUAAUACUCAGAUAAAAAGGAAUAUGGUAGUUUUAAUGGUAUUUGAAGGAUCUUACCAAGACCGAUUUGAACCAUUGAACGUUCGUUUUAAUGGAGCUAUAUCAGCCGUUGAAGCAACUGAUUUGAAAUUGGAAGGCAACAGAGUGUCUGGAUCCGAACGUCUAGCCUAUCACAUCCAUCCACAGUCAUGUGACACAUUAGAAGCUGAUUGGUUCUCAGAUAAUUUGGCUCGGUCAUCACUGAUAGGUGUAGGAAAUCUACCAAUAGAUAAACUUUCCAAUGCCUGUAACAGAUAUUCAGGGUUUAUUGCGUUAAAAUCUUAUAACUUUGGAAUCUAUUACCAGGGUGGUAGUUCUGUUGUUUUUGAAGGCCUUACAUUGGCUGAUAAUCAACUUGGUAUUUUCCCCAUGGUGUUAGGACCAGCCUCUAUAUCACAUGCUUAUGCUGACAAAACUGUAACAGUCAAAAACUCACAUAUUAUUGGUACAACUCCAUCAUUUGAUUGUUCUACUGAUAGAACAGAUGGGUCAGACGAUAAUAUAAAACUUGCCGGUGUAGCUUCACCAUUUGAUGGAUCAAGAAGGAUUGGUGUAGCUUUUGGAACGUUUUCUUCUGGAUCUAACAAAGCUCCUGAAAAGCCAUUUGUCAAUAUAAUGUCAUAUCAGGCAAUAAAUGGAAUCACAAUUCUGGAAGAUAUUACAUUCAGCGAUUUUUCCUCACCAUGUUCGGUCAAUGAUUUUGCUUUUACCACCAACAAGAAUAAUGAUGAUGGUAUACAUCCAGCAAAAUCUCAACGAAUUACAUUUAAUAAUGUUGCAAAGAGUAACAGAAUUCUGAUUCAUCGUCCUAAUGUAGGAAAGAUAAACUCUGCUGAUUGUGUGGAUAUGGAUUGUGAUGGACUAAAGAAAGCUUUCCUGAAAGAUUUGGAUGGGUCAUUCAUGGGAUCCCCAGGAGCUGUCAUUCCGCAAUCAGAAUUUGAGUGGGGCGGAGAUACACGUAGAGGACUUGGUGAUUACCGAGUCCCAAAAACCAUGCAGACAGAAUUAGAUGGAACUCGUAUUCCAAUGAGUACAUUAGCACCUAUUAAAGGUAUAAUCAGAGACAAAACCUGUGUAUAUCAGUCUACAUGGCAAGCAUAUGAAUGUCAUCUUUAUGAUUAUGAAAUGUUAACCAUAGAGAGUAUGGACUCUGACACAGAGAAACGACGGCUUUCUCCUGUUGCUAUUCUAGGACAUGAUGAAGAAGGAGAUGGUGUCCUUGACCUGAUUAACGGACCCCAAGAUCAUGGUUGGUGUUCUGGAUACACAUGUCGUAAACGUUUAUCUACAUUCCAAGCUCUUGUUGCUACUGGUAAAGACUAUUUAAUCCAUUUCACCAGUACAACACCACAGAAAUUACGAUAUAUGCUGUUGAAUUCUGACAACACCCAAGCUGUUGGACUUGCAGUCUGGUAUUCCCAAUCUUACAGAUUAGAUGUUUACUAUGGAAGUGACCAUAUUAUGCCAGUAAAUGGAAGAUGGAAACUUGGUGCUUACAUUUUAGAUCCACCACCAGUUGGUCAACCAUUUGCUUACAAACCAAAUGUGACCACUGAUGUUGCAGGGACUAACUGGUUUGAUAGAGAUUCUGGUAUCCUUUACUUGAUAGUCAAAGGACCUACACCAAUAAAUGUAAAGACUGUAGAACAGGUCAUCAUUAACUUCCAGUACCCAGCUACAACAGUAGAUAAUUUCUACGGAGAAAAGAUUGUAGAGUAUUUGGCAGCUUUCUUUGAUCUUCCACCAGAAAAAGUCAGAGUUGUAGAUAUUAUUAGUGCUACCUCAGGAAGUGGCAGACGACGAAAAAGAUCAACAGGUUAUGAUGAAAUUAUCAUUGAAGUCAGUGAUACUCCUUCUACUACUUACAAUGCUUCAGCCAGCAGUCCACUAACAAAAGAAAAGUUAGAAGAGAUUUAUGCCCUUGCAGUAGCUGAAGGGCAGUUAGGAAACUUCAGUAUGAUUCUAAAUGGUACAGUGCUGGGAGUGUCUAUAGCUGAACCUACAAUUGAUCCUUCAAGUCCAGAAUGGGGUGCAAUAACUACAUCAGAUGGUUACCGUAUUCUUGUCCAAGUUGACCAUCUUGGUUUCAAUACUAAACCAUCACCACUUCAUGAAGGUGCACCAUUUAAAACACAACCAAAGAUUAAUGCAUACGAUAUAGUGAACAACAAAAUAAAUGAUUUAGGAACAACUCAGUACCCAUGGUAUGUGACAGCUAGUAUCAGACCAGGAACUGGAAAUCCGUCUGCACAACUUCUAGGAAAUACAACAGUACAGUUUGUCAAUGGCUGGGCUAACUUUACAAAUCUUGCCAUCAGUUACUUUGGAACAGGAUACAUUCUUGAUUUCAACAUCACCUCACCUACUGAAGGGGAAAAUAUGACCUUGGCAUCUGACCCUAUGGACAUUACUGCCAGACCGAUCACAGCUGUAACAGUAUCUUCCACAUCAGAUGUGUAUGAGUCAUCUUUUAUGUCUGUUGGUUUGGAAUUAAGAGAUGAUAUCACAGCAGAGACCAUCAGUGACAUUGCUUGGAGGGGACAUACAUGGAAUGUAGCAGCAGAAAUAGGAAUGCCAGAUUUAUACAAUGGUUCUUUACUUGGCACAGUCUCAGUAGCAUUUGAUGCAGUCACAAGUCAAGCUAACUUCUACUCUCUAAACUUAACCAUGAUAGGAAUGACCGUCAUCAAAUUCCAUGUGACCAGCACUCCAGCUGAUUACGACUUUUAUGUGGAACAUCUUGUUCCUGUCAGAGGUACACAACAUAUGGGUAUGGCAGUAGAAGAGACAACAGAAAUUGAAUUGAAAAUAGAAGCUGAUUACAAUUCAAUCGUAGGAUCUAAUGAUAAAAGUGCAGCUGCUAUGUUUGGUAAUUGGUUUGCCAAUGCUUUCCCAGAUAUCAGGUGUGAUGGAGUGUCUCUCAGAGCUGGCAGUAUAAUGGUUACCAUGACAGUAUCAGGAAGCAACACCAAUGUCAAUACUUCAUUAUAUUCAACAUGUUCAUUGAUCAGCGGUGGUCAGUCAUUUACCUUUAAUGGUAACGCCUUGUCCUUAUCAACUUAUAUGACCUAUAAUGGAACUACUUUCUAUGGAGUAUCCUGCAAUGUUUCACCAAGUGAUGAUGAUUCAAGUAACAUAGCCGUUAUAGUUGCAGCUGCUGUGUGUUCUGUUUGUGUUCUAAUUGUUGUUGUUGUACUAUUACUAUGGAAAUUCAAGGUUGUUCCUAAAACCAAAACACAUGACACAGAAGAAUAUGGCACCAAGUACCAUGGAAAUAGUGAUAUUGAUGAUAUUCUAUUUAGAGAGCGUACCUUCAUGAGUAUUACAAAUGCUCCAGUGGCCACUUCAAUCAAAGAAUCAUACCCAUACCCAACCAAAAACUAGAAAUACAGAUACAACAAGAAACGGAAAAACAAAACUUUUAAUAGAAUUAGAAUAUUUAUGUAUCUCUUAUAAUAGUGCUGUAAAUUCAAAUACAUGUACAAUAAUUUUGAAACUUUUUUUCGAACAAAUGUUCUUGUAAAUUUUUCUAAUAAGAUUUAUUUUCUGACGACAAUUUUGUACUGUAUUGUUAUUACAAAAUGUACUGUAAAUAACAGCCUUUCUGAAAUCAGUAUUGGUAUUAGAUGUUUUCUGCCAGUUGUAUGAUAAUUAAUCCAGGGAAGAAGUUUAUGUCUUUAGCAAGUUUUACUACAGCAGGAAUAUAUUCUGAACUUUCCAAUACAUUCACAUACUCAUUAAAUUGCAAUACAUGUAUAAAAAGUUUUAUAUUUUUUACCUCAUUUUGUAAUAUUUUUUUCAGAUUUUAUAUUUUUUAUACUUGACAAUGCACAAAACUACUUCUCAAUACACUUUCAUAUAUGCCUCUAAACCUGUUUAUAUACGUAAUUUGCAUUAUCAGUUAUUGUCUAUUUACAAGGUUCUAAUUGAAACAAGCCAAUAUCUAUGAUAAUUUUCACUUGUAAAUUUCACAAUUAUUAGUUGCUGCAGAAAAAAAAGAAAGGCAAUAACAACUUAUUACAAGAUAACAAAUGAUUAUGGCCAGUACUCUAGUUUUGAAUCUCAUAAUAUAAAUCUUUGAUAUUUAUUUUGUUAUCCCUACAUUUAUUAAUUUAUUCCCUCCUCUCAUUUCCUAGAAAUAUUGAGAAGUAGACGUGCAAAUAUCUGUGAUACAUUGUUAGUCUAUCCAUGUGAGACAUUGUUAGUCUGUCCAUGUGAGACAUUGUUAGUCUGUCUGUGUGAGACAUUGUUAGUCUGUCCGUGUGAGACAUUGUUAGUCUGUCCAUGAUAUAUAUUUUAUUGUAACCUAUCUGUGAUAGGCAUUUUAUUGCAAUCGAUCUUUCUUUAUUUUCUGUUAUCUUUUUUAUAAAUAAAGCAUUUUCUUUA